AGAAACAGAAGGCAGAAGAAGAAGCUGGGAGGGAUUUUACGACGUUUGCAACAACAUAGAGCUGUCACAAUUUUCGGCAACGAAAAGAAACCGUGGAGAAGCCUCUCAUGAGGUAAAAUUAUACGAAAAAAAGGUAAUGCGUGUCGGAGUCCCGAGUGGAGAGAAUCUGCAGAGAGGAUCUUACAAAGCUGGGAUUUUGACCCUGCUCCUGAGUGUGUUUAUGUUCCAACUGCUGAGGAUUGUUGGAUUGCGAGCGUUUUCCAUGGCAUCUGAGACGUACAUAUCAGGAACACACUCUGCAGCUUUUGUCACCUGUCCAAAUGAUACCGUUGCUAAAGACUUGGCUAGGGGUAUUGUGGAAAGGAAACUGGCUGCAUGUGUGAACAUUGUCCCAGCAAUUAAAUCUGUAUAUGAGUGGCAGGGAAAGAUUGAAGAGGACAACGAAGUGCUUCUUAUAAUCAAAACAAGAAGCUCCAAAGUGGCUGCUCUCGCUGAAUAUGUCCGCUCUAAUCACCCCUAUGAGGUGGCCGAGGUCAUCAGUCUACCGAUUGACCAGGGCAACCCACCUUACCUGAAGUGGAUUGGAGAUGUUGUACCCGAGUAGACGGAUGGCUAAAUCAAAAGGAAUGUGAUGUGACAUAUGGCAAACCACAUAGUGUUUUAGAAAGUUAUUCUGCUGCAGUUGCAGAAAAGAAAGAUGAAAAUAAAAGACAUGAAAGAUUUUUUUUUUUUCUUUAUUGCAGCCUUUCUUUAAGUUUCAGAUAUCAAACAUGCAUUCCUCAUGGCUACAACUAGAGGGCGGUAUUUGUCUUCUAUUCAACAGCUAGACAAACCAGCCAGAAUAUUUCUUGCCGUCUGCUUGGGUUGCAUUUGAAACACUUUUCCAAAAUAAAUUUUUGUGUUUUUACCUUC